AUACAACACGGUUCAACUUCCUGUUUAAACAUGGCUGCGCCCUGACGAAUGUCACAUUACUUCAAUUGCUCGUUUUAAGCGUCACGUUUGGUGUAGAAUAAAACAACAGAACACCUGCAAGCACCUCUCAUUCGCACAUCACCCUAACAGGGUAAUUAAGCCGUCAUCAUGGUUCACCUAUCGUCGUCUCUGCUGAAGAAGUACCACAAGGGCUACAUCGUCAUCCGGCUGGCGAUGGCCGGCCACAAGCAGGCCAACCGGCCCUUCUACCGCGUGGUGGCGGCGUUCAACAAGCGGGCGCGCGACGGAAAAUACAUCGAGCAGCUGGGCUCCUACGACCCCCUGCCCAACGUGCACAACGAGAAGCUGGUCAGCUUCAACCUGGACCGCAUCAAGUACUGGAUGGGCUGCGGCGCACACCCUAGCAAGCCCGUGGCCAAGUUACUGGGCCUGGCGGGCUUCUUCCCCCUGCACCCCAUGACCGUAACGGAGGCCGAGCGACUAAAGGUCCAGACCACCGACUUGGCAGCCGGGGCUGAGGGGGAAGGUGUGCAGGAAGAGGAACCCAAGCAGCAGAGCGCAUGAGGCUGGGAGACAGAUGCCUUCUGUGGCUCUACAUUCUGAAAGAAUGAGGGCCUGAACCACACAAGGGUGAUCUCUGGUGUGGAAUGGAUUAUUUUUUUAUGUUAUACUUGUAUAUUUAUGUUGUGUUUUAGAACAAUGCCAUGUAAAAUCAGGUUGCCUCUUUUACGUGACUUGAUUAAAAUGGUACAAUAUGAUCCCA